UGGAUUUGCAUGUAACAGGAAAUAGAAACCAUAUGUGUUUUAAUUGAUAGUUCGAAGGUACAAUAUAUAGGAAAUUAUACCCAAAGAAAACAAUACAUUUUGUAUAGCAAUGAAAGGGUGAAACCGUAAAUGCUCUAUUGUUAAGAAUAAGACAAAAUAAAACAAAGAAGGAAAUGAGGGACAUGCACGUAAAUGCACUAUUAGGUGAAUAAUAAUCAAAGUAUGAAGCUUUAUAAGUGUUAGUAUUUGUGAACCUAAGCAAGUAUAGAGUACUGUAUUCAUUAGCGUACAUUCGAUCCAACAAUCCUCAGAUAGUCAUAUUAUCUUCAUUUCAGCUUCGAACUCAUUUUUUCGAAAAGGGGACUUUUAUGUUGUGAUUAAUGUCAUCCAAUCUUCAAUAACAAUUGGGAAUUUAAGGAUUAGCUACUAUUAUGCCUGAAUGUUUGAUUAAAGUGUGGUCUUAGGUUCAAUUGGUGCGUAUUGUUCAUGCUCACCAACUGUUCGAUGAAUUGCCUAAAACAACAUUAUGCUUAAAAGAAUACAUACCCAGAAGUUGAAUUUCCUUCCAUUUUCUCCAUAUACCACAUUGGAAACUCCUCCUUUUCGUAGUACUCUCCCUGGAUUUCAAGAGCUAUGCAGCCUUGUUUCGACUCCUAGUGGUGGUCUAGAUGACUUGGAAUCCAGCCUUAAGAAAUGUGAAGUUCACUUAACCCCUUCAAUCGUUGUGGAAGUGGUGAAUCAUUGCAAAGAGGAAGCACCCACAAGACGGUUGCUUCGUUUCUUCACAUGGUCAUGUAAGAGUUUGGGUUCGGUUUUGGGGGAUAAGGAUUUUAACCAUGCAAUUCGGGUUUUUGCUGAGAGGAAGGAUCACAGGGCAGUCGACAUUUUGCUGGCGAAUCUUUGUAAGGAUCAGAGAGCUAUGGAACCACAGACUUUCAGCACUGUGGCUGAAAUCUUUGUUAAACUGGGUAGAGAAGGUGAUGCAUUGGGCAUCUUUAAAAACUUGAACUUGUUCAAGUGUGCACAGGACAGAAUCACUGUCACUGCUAUUGUAAACGCACUCUGUGCCAAAGGGUAUGCAAGAAGGGCAGAAGGGGUUGUAUAUCAUCAUAGGGAUAAGAUAUCAGGUAUAGAGUCUUGCAUUUAUAGGAGUAUAUUAUAUGGUUGGUCUAUGCAGGGAAAUGUAAAGGAAACUCGCAGAGUUCUUCAGGAAAUGAAAUCGAAGAAAAUUACGCUUGAUCUUUAUUGCUUCAACACGUAUCUAAGGUGUCUUUGUGAACAUAACCUUGAUAAUAACCCAUCUGGGCUUGUGCCAGAAGCUCUGAAUGUGUUCAUGGAGAUGAGAACAUACAAGAUCAUUCCAAAUUCGAUAAGUUACAAUGUUUUGCUUUCUUGUUUAGGUAGAACAAGAAGAGUGAAGGAAUCACUUGGAAUACUUGAUACCAUGAGGAAAUCAGGUUGUGCUCCUGAUUGGGUGACUUAUUAUCUUAUUACUCGGGUUUUAUACUUGACAGGAAGGUUUGGAAAAGGUAAUCAGAUUGUGGAUACGAUGAUAAAAGAAGGGAUCGAGCCACCAGCAAAGUUUUAUUAUGAUCUAGUUGGUGUUCUUUGUGGGGUUGAGAGAGUGAACUAUGCUCUUGAGCUGUUUGGUUGCAUGAAGAAAAGCUCAGGUGGUGAUUAUGGUCCAGUAUAUGAUGUUUUGAUACCAAAACUUUGUAGAGGUGGUGAUUUUGAGAAGGGAAGAGAGCUUUGGGAUGAGGCAGAGAGAAUGGGUAUUCCUCUUAGAUGUUCAAGAGAUGUGUUGGAUCCUUCAAUAACUCAAGUUUUUCAGGCUAAUAGGAAGGAGAACUAUCUGAAACCUGGUGACACAAUAGAACUGAAUACUCAAACCAGCAAGGGUAAACAGCCUGUGCAGAUCACAAAGAAAGAAAUUUUUCAUAAUAGGAAAAAGCGGAGAGGCAAGUCUAAGAAGAAAGCAGCAUCAACUUGAUGUGUUUCAAAUGAGUCUGAGGCUUUGUUUGGUUUGGGGUAAAACGUUUUCAGUGCAAAAUGAUUUUCCAUGGAAAACAUUUUCCAAGGGAAAACACAAUUCCAAACUAGUUUUCCUUUGUUUGGUUCAUUAAAAGAAAAGCAGCAUCAACUUGAUUUGUUUCAAAUGGUUGAGUACAUUCAACUUUAUGAUGCUUCUGUAAUAUUGAGGGUUUCUUAUGAAUAAGCAUUUGAUAAGUCUUUUGUGUGUAAUUCAUGGAAUAGGCACAUUGCGGCCACAAAUGAUUUCUGAUGGAGAUUUAUAAAAUGGAUCUUGUUUCUGUCUG